AUGGCAUAUCAGCCACUCCUCCAGUUUUGUGUGAUCAGCGAAUUUGCUGAGGGCACGCUCUGCCCCAUCACCAAGAUCAUUAAUGAAGAUGUGAAACAGGACUGGACCCAGUACCCUAGGGGUACACUGCUAGCUACUGGCCUCCAACUAGACUUUGCACCACUGAUCACAACCCUCCGGCCCCAGCCAUUCAACCGGUUUUCAAUCCACAUCACUGUCUGCUCAUCCAGCCCGUACAUCAACAGCUUGUCUAUGAGGACCUUAGGGGAGACAGCAUCAAAGACCUUACUGAAGUCCAGAAGUUACAUGAAUCCGGACAACCAUGAAAUAUUACAGAAACAGCUGUAUUAUAUCCUGUAUCAUAAACAGUCUGAACAGCCCAGUCCUGCCAGUUCCAGCUCCAGUUCCAGUUCCAGUUUUACACCAUCUCAAAACAGCAGACAACAAGGUCCAUUGAGGUCUAUAAUGAAAGAUCUGCAUUCAGAUGAUAAUGAAGAUGAAUCAGAUGAAGCAGAUGAGAAUGACAAUGAUUCUGAUUUGGAACGACCUGUAAAUACACGAGGGGGAAGCAGGAGUCGCAGGGUUAGUCUGAGUGAUGGCAGUGACGGUGACAGCAGUUCAGCUUCCUCACCACUACAUCAUGAACCAGCACCACCAUUACUGAAAACCAACAACAACCAGAUUUUAGAAGUGAAAAGUCCAAUAAAGCAAAACAAAUCUGAUAAACAAAUAAAGAAUGGGGAUUGUGAUAAGGCAUAUCUCGAUGAACUAGUAGAGCUCCACAGAAGAUUAAUGACAUUGAGAGAGAGACAUGUACUGCAGCAGAUAGUAAAUCUUAUAGAAGAAACUGGACACUUUCAUAUCACAAAUACAACCUUUGACUUUGACCUUUGCUCACUGGACAAAACCACAGUCCGUAAGCUACAGAGUUAUCUGGAAACAUCUGGAACCUCCUGAGGAUUCACCAUCUGGCUGCAUCAAAAACUGUUCUUUAAAUGAAACAUUCAGAAUGAUGCAACCAAAAUGGGGGGAAAAAACCAAACAACCCUCUUCAGCUUUAUUUUUCCUUAAAGCCAGUCAUCAUCUCUUGAUAAGGGAGAGGAAAAGCGAUUUCUCAAGAAGAAAAUGCUCUGGAAGAGUUUGCCUGGAUAGCCUUGAAAAACGAACAAACAAAAGCAAACAAAAAUACUUGGUCUUAAUGAAUGUGUAUGGUAUCAUGUAUCUCUCUCUGUGGUGUUCUAGUCCACAAGAUGAAUGCAUGUUCAACACACUGCCUUAUUACAUAACUGAUCUAUUUAUUAUAGCAUACAUGUAUUCUAAAGUCAAUGAGUCACUGAAUGACACUACCAGGUGUUGAAAGUAGUGGGGUCCCAUGUGUGCUCUUUUGAUGCAGUACUAUCACAAGCCUAAUAACCUUAUUCAUGUUAAAAUGCCACUUCUUGCUACCUUUCUCUAGUCACUUAAAACACUUUUACAGUGUUGUUUCCACUUUUGCAGUUCCAGGAAACGAGAUAGAAAGUUGGGGACCAAACAGUGGUCCUAUAUUUUAUUUCCCAUCUGCCACACUGGGUUGGACCACAGCAGGUUGGACCGCAGGUCCUUGGCUCUAUC